AUGAUUCCACGAGCAGGUCAUUCGGUACUGCGCCAGGCGCGUACUCAAUUGAAGCGAAGCACUGGUCCUACGCCUGUUGCCUCUCUCUCCGCUCUUGCACGGCUGUUAUCGUCGCUUGCGAUUCUAGAGCAAAAGGAUGGCAAACUCAACCAUGGGUCACUCGGUGCAGUAACUGCUGCGCAAAAGCUGGGAGGAUCAAUCAUUGGCUUUGUUGCUGGAGGAAACAUCAAAGCUGUGGCAGAGGAGGCCGCGAAAGUCAGUGGAAUCGAGAAGAUCAUUGCAGUGGAUAAUGCUGCAUAUGACAAGGGACUCCCAGAAAAUUACGCCCCGUUACUUGUAGAAAAUAUUAAGAAGGGCGGCUAUACACAUAUCAUUGCGGGCCACACUGCGUUUGGCAAGAGCUUAAUGCCCCGCGUUGCGGCACUAUUAGACGUCCAGCAAAUAUCCGACAUUACAGCAAUCGAAGAUGAAAAGACUUUCGUACGACCCGUCUACGCCGGUAAUGCCAUUGCCACUGUCGAAUCAUCGGACGAUAUCAAGAUCAUCACCAUUAGAGGUACCGCGUUUGCUGCCGCUGAGGCCGAGGGUGGAUCGGCAUCUAUUGAGGAUGGAGUAGACCCCAAGGCAGAAUGCCCAACAGAAUGGGUUUCGGAAAACCUUGCCAAAUCAGAUAGACCUGAUUUGGCGACGGCUGGGAAGGUUGUCUCCGGUGGCCGUGGAUUAAAAUCGAAGGAGGACUUCGACAGGGUUAUGUUGCCACUGGCUGAUGCACUGGGAGCAGCAGUCGGAGCUUCAAGAGCGGCUGUUGACAGUGGAUACGCUGAUAACAGCUUGCAAGUUGGACAAACCGGAAAGGUUGUGGCACCCCAAUUGUACCUUUGUGCAGGUAUCUCAGGAGCUAUUCAGCAUUUAGCAGGCAUGAAGGACAGCAAGGUCAUUGCAGCUAUAAACAAAGACGCCGAUGCACCGAUCUUCCAGGUCGCUGAUAUUGGACUUGUGGGAGAUCUUUUUGAUAAGGUGCCGGAGCUUACUGAGAAGCUCAAGCAAUAA